AUGAGGUUCCUGAGGGGCAGGAGCUCGCCGGGAAGCCACGCCGCCGUGGGGGGGCGAAACCGCAAGCGAGGGUCGCGGAAGGACUUUGAGAAGUCCGAUGCACAACCUCCACAGCUGGGGACCUUGCUUUUGGAGAGCCGGCUGGCAAAGGAAAAGCCGUGGGCCUCGACGGCACCAGGGCCUUCGCCUUGCGAUUCCCCGCCGAAUGCCAAGCCCAGUCCGACCACGAUGGUAAGGGCAGCGAUGCCGAUGCAGAUGCCCUUGAUGCACAUGGCGUACCCGCGCUUGCAGCCAAUGUACGGCGGGCUUCCGGUGUUCUUUCCCAAGGCGCCUCUUUCGCAUCGCAUCGCCCGAAAAACGGUGAACAACGGACACGACUACCACCGGCCUUUCUGCCGGUCUGCUGAGACAAGUGCGGUCGCUUCCGACAUCGAGUGA